ACUUCGUUAGUCGCCACCACCACAUGGACAUCCGGACGAGGAGAGCAACGUGGUUUGUAGUACUGACUGACGGUGUUGUUUCACAUGUCUCGUGUCAUUAAUUCAUCGAAAUGAGUGAAUGUAAAGAAGUAACGGCUCCUAAAGCGGCCAAAGAGUUGCUGGCGUUGAACCCCAAAGAAGAGUCUGAGUUCAAGAAGAAAGUGCAGGAGGCGAAGAAGAACAAAUCUGCCAAGGGGGGGCAUUUGGCUCCUGGAGUGAUCUAUGUCUGUCACCUUCCACUCGGGUUGUUUGAACCUCAACUUAAAACUUACUUCGAACAGUUUGGGAAAGUCCUGAGGCUGCGGCUGUCCAGGAGUAAAAAGACAGGUGGAAGCAAAGGCUAUGCAUUUGUCGAGUUUGAAUGUGAUGAAGUAGCCAGGAUUGUUGCAGAGACAAUGAACAAUUACCUGAUGGGAGAGAGACUCCUCAAAUGUCAUGUGAUUCCUCCUGAAAAAGUGCACGAGAAGCUCUUUAUUGGCUCCCAAAGGGUAUUUAAAAAGCCCACAUAUCCUGCCGUAACACGCUACAACAAGAACCGCACAGAGGAGCAGGUCACCAAGAUGAAAGACAGACUCCUGCGGAAAGAAGGGAAGCUCCGCAAGAGGCUUGCAGCACACGGCAUUGAAUAUGACUUCCCUGGAUUUGCUGCCCAGGUGCCUCAGAAGAAGUCGUCCUCUGAUUCCAUGGAUACAUGUGGUGACGACACCACACCAGUGUGCACCCCCUCUGUCCUGGAGAAGAGGAAGUCCACGGCCAUCGACGAUGAUGCAGAUGAUGAAAUAGUGAUUAAGAUGCCCCCCGUAGAGAAAGAAGAGUGCUCCUCAGAAGAGGAAGAAGGCAGUGAUGAGGAUGAUGUCUCUGAGAGUGAGGAACCCAGUGAAAGGACGCAGAGUGAAAGUCUUCACUGAUUUAUUGUGGACUUGGUUUUGUGGCUGUCAGAUGCACAUCUUUGAACUGUGUUGUGGAGGCAGUGUGUCUUGUUUAAUCCGUGUAUCAUUUGUUCUUUCCAUUUUCAAUUGGCAAUCAAAAAUCAAUAAUGAAAAAUUGACUGGUUAUUUUGUUUGUUUUUUAUUAUAAUACAAAAAAUGAAAAAAAAGCUUGUUUUUCAUAUUUCAAUAUUAGGUUCUGAUAAAAUACAAAAUGGAAAAACGGGCACCAUGACUGAAUUUUAUUUUAAUGAUUGGUGGGGUUUACGUGACCCAGAAGUUUGUAUUGUUAUAUUUUACUGUACAGUCUACAUCCAAAUGCGUUUAUUAAAAAAAAUCCAUAGUGAACAGUAUCAUGCAAUUAAUCUUCUUUCCAUAUUUAUCUGGUAUUUGGCCUGGUUGUGGAACACUUUAUUCUGAAAACUGAAAACCGCACGUCGACACAAAGACAUUUUCGGCGCGACGCAAUUUGAUUAUUUCACAUGAUUAAUACUUGAUCUCCUCUCUGUGGGUAAGAGUUUUAUACUGAAAAAAGUGAUAAGGAAUGACAGUAAAGUGUUUAUCCUUCAUGUCAGCUCGCUCUGAGCAGUUUCAAUAAAUUUACCAUAAAUAUCACGAUACCGGAGCACUACAUUAUAUAUUAUUAUAUAGGGAUGGCUGGUUUGACUACGGAGAAGCGAGUCACGGCUCACUUGACCGCAGUCAAACUUCCGGGUCAUGUGAACCUGACCAAUUAAAUAUUAAAAUAAAAUUCAGUCCUGGUGCUCGUUUUUCCAUUUCGUAUGUUUGAUCUGAGCCUAAUAUCGAAAUAUGAAAAAACAAGCAUUUUUGUCAUUUUUUGUUACAAUAAAAAACAAAUUACAAAAUAACCAGUACAUUUUUCAUCAUUUGAUGUUUGAUUGCCAAUUGAAAAUGGAAAUAACGAAUGAUACACAGAUUUUGUUAGUAUGUUUUUAUUUGAGAAAGACGCACGUGUUAAAGAUUCCACUAUAAUUGUGAGUAUUCCAUUGGUGAGCCCCAUGGACGGAGCUUGUAAAAUCAUCAGUGGGCCAGAUUUAAGGGCAGUUGUGACUGGACUUCUAGCUCUGGCAAAAGUGUAUUUCAGUCUUGGCGCUGGCAGCUUUCUUUUUCCACACAGGGCAGUAAUAUUGGUACACAACAGAAGCAACAUUUUUUUUUUUUUUUUUUUUUGCUUUAUGCACACAAAGUGUAGUGAAAUUUGUACUAUCUAUGUAAGUAUGACCUUUAAGAAAUAAAUGAUGUGAGAAAGGCGCCAUCAAGCUGUCCUUUUGUGGGUGUUACUUUUCAGAAACAAGCAACUAAAAAACACUUGCAUACACACUGCCAGAGCAAUAAGCCUUUUAUUUGCUGAAGAAAUUUUGAGAAAAUAAGCUGUGUAAAUAAAAUAAAUAGAUGAAUUCCAUUUA